AUGGGGAAAGUGAGGCCCUUGAAGUCGGCCACAAGCGUGAGCCGAUACAUCGUCUCGGGCAGGAAGCGAUCGUCGGUCUACUGCGUGGACAGUGAAGGGGGUCCUAGCAGAACCAUCAGCCGCAUUAGCCAAGAGACUCUCGAUGAAGAGGGGGGUGCCAAGCUGUUCACCGCCAAGAGGAUGCUGGUUGCAGUGUGGAUGUGCGUCGGACUCGUGCCGUUGCUUCUCCAAGCGAGGAGCUACCUGAAGUUCGUGACGCCGCACAAGAUUUCGCAGGAGCUGGUGGUCCCAGCAACCGCAACGAAGCACACGGCCGACAUGGAGACGAUGUGUCCAAUGGAAGGGUUGGUAAUUGCAGGAGCCUGGUGGAACGUCGGUGUCACGCACUACUACGAACUCGAGGAGAGGAGGGUGUGCCACUUUGUUGUGCCGCAGUACAAUAUCCACGGCAACUACGCUCUCGGCACCGAGUUGGUUGCACCGUCGGAGACAUCGCCCGCUAGCUGCGCUGAGAACAGCUACUUUCUCGAAUACUACUUCUACCACGGGAGUAUUGGCUACUACGGCUUUUAUGAAGAAGCUGUUGGCACCUUAUGUGCUAAUGAUAACAUCGGCUACGUGCUUGUCCGAGGCCUCGGGACCUACGACAGCAAUGGAGCCAAUCUGGCACACGAUAUCGGCGAUACAACGUACCGACGCUCGUACUGGUACGGCUUGUUCGGUUCUGCCUGGAUCCUGUAUCGCUCAUUUCUGCUGCGGCGGAGCUAUAUAUCGUGCAAGCGGUACGGGCGGAGGUGCGAUCGUCUUCAGGAGCCCAUGCGAUUCAAAGAUUCGGUCGUGUUUGUUCAAGAGAGCAUGAGACUCUCAGCGCACGGGGCCAGGAACUACCACCGGGCUGCACUAGUGUACCUGCUGGUUGAGGGCUUGAUGAGCGACUUGUUCAUGCUUAUCGCGCAAGACGGGUUGUUCGCGAAGGUGCAGUAUAUCUCACUGGGGUACAAUCUUUCGGGAGUGCUGUCGAUGUUGUUCGAGAUGGUGGAGGCGAUGAACUGGAUGGGUGAGAAGGUGCGUUGUUUGAUCAAGCGCCUCCUCUUCAAUUACGAGACAGCUUUGCUUGGUGAACUGGUGUGCUCCGCUGCGAUGCAACAUUACCUUACUGGCCUGAACAAAUCCAGCCUCAAAGGGACGAAGCCGGUAGCAGAGGCAGUAUCGUAUUACGUUUGGAGCCUUGUGGGUCACGGCAUCAUCGUACUCGGAAUCGUGUUUGUGAUAACCUCAAUUCGAUCACUCGGGGCUAUCGUCAGCGUUCGAUGGAGCUUCGGGUCCUUAAAGCUGCUAGUGACCCCGUGCUGUGUUGAUACGGCGAUCGGGCCACGAUGCAAGAUGAUCUUGUUGACGGGCUAUGUGUGGGAAGAUGAAAGGCUUUGCUACAAGGUGGAAACACUGAAGUCAUUCGGGAUGCUCAAGAUGGUGGAGGAGGAUGGCGCUAAAUUUAUAGUGCUUCACAGGCUUCACUGGUUCGCGAUUCCGAGGGGAGACUUGAUGGUGAUUGGAGAAGUGAGUGGGUACAUCGUAACAGGUUGCAGCGAACGACCGUGUACGGGCAUGGUUAGCAUGGUGGGGUCAACAUUAGGAGGGGUUCCCGAGUCGAAUUCGCCCACUAGGGCAGCUAUCAAGUAUCGGAUGUCGAUUGAUCCAUUGGAUACUUUGCAGGAGUAG